GUUAGAAUAGCUGUCAUCGUACUUACACAGCAAGAUAAAGUUUUUUUGGGGGAGGGUUUUUGUUUACUUGGGCCGCAAGAGAAUACUCCACGUAGGAGUUUAUCACACAAUCACUUGACAUACAGCGAUGGUCAGUCACAAAUCAAAAAAACUUGGGCUUUACCGAUUUAUCCAGACCAUCGCACCAACACGAGAGGAAGUCCAGUCAAAAGGGUGAUUGAAAAACUUCUUUCGCGGAUAUAUACAAAGUAAGCGUCGAACUGCCCUCGGAAAAAUUCAAAAGUUAUCGCACGUCUGUGAUUUAAAAGUCUGCGUGUUGAGAUAGCAAGAGAAGUCUAGCAGUAUACGAGUCCAUUAAAAUGGAGGCUACAUUUUAUGACGAAUCGUUGAGUGGAGCCAACUCUCAGAACGAGAAGGCCUGUGGGAAUGGGAACAAAACCAUGAAGCGAAACAUGACACUGAAUCUCAACGACCCAACCAAGAAUUUAAAACCACAGUUCCUCGAUAUAUUAACAUCUCCCGAUGUUAAUUUGCUGAAACUGGCCUCCCCGGAACUGGAACGACUGAUUAUUCAGUCCAGCAAUGGGUUCAUACCCACUACUCCAACUCCAACACAGUUUCUUUGUCCCAAAAACGUGACUGACGAACAAGAGGGCUUUGCCGAGGGGUUCGUUAAAGCACUUGCGGAGUUACAUUAUCAACAACAAACGCCCAAUGUCAAUCCCACGGCACAAGGAGUAACUUCUAAUGACAUGACGCCUAGCGUCUCUGAAACGGGCAACGCACCCUACAGCAGCAGUGUGCGCACUGAACCUGCGGGCUACACAAACUUUGGAUCACUGAACAGAGCCCUGAGCACCAUAGCAGGAUCCAACUACGGGGACACGAAUCCUGCUACGAACUACGGGGCAUUACCUUUGCAGAACCCGACAAACGCGCAACAACCAUGCCUACAUCCUCGGCUGCGGACUUUAAAAGAAGAGCCUCAGAGAGUGCCCGACAUUAACGGCGAGACACCUCCUUUGUCACCCAUCGACAUGGAGAGUCAGGAGAGAAUUAAAGCCGAGAGAAAGCGAAUGAGAAAUCGCGUGGCCGCGUCUAAAUGUAGGAAGAGGAAGCUGGAGAGGCUGGCGAGACUGGAAGAAAAGGUGAAAACUCUGAAAACUCAGAACACGGAGCUGUGCACCGCCGCUAAUGUGCUGCGAGAUGAAGUGGCGCAGCUCAAACAGAAGGUUAUGGAUCACGUCAACAGUGGGUGCCAUCUUAUGUUUACCCAGCAGAUGAAAGGUUUCUGAGCUUUUAAAGACCAGAGUGUGGUGCUUAGGACAAAGAAAUAAUGGACUCAGUUUCAGAGACCGUCUAGACGAUGUCUUCGCUUUCAAUGCCCAAAGUCGUCUAGAUUUUAAAUAUCUUUUGUCUGUAAUAUACUACUUAUGAAAGAGCCCGAUUUCUAACUUAGGUUACUGCAUAUCUUGCCACGUCGUAAAAUUGACAGCAGUUUUGUAUGUAAAUAACAUGGUAUGGGAACCUGUUUCGUUUGAGUAUCUAUUUAUUGUUUCUAGCUUUAAAGUUU